AUGGGCUGCGCACCGUCCCGUCCCUCGAACGCCGUCCCCCGGCCGCGAAGGCAGACCGAUGGGCCCCGAAAGCCCAACAACAGCCGCCUAUCCCGCCCGUUCGACCCCAACAUCCCUCUAUACGUACCCCAUUAUCAACACCCGUCCGUAGUACCGCCCGUUGAUCCGGCAAGGUACGGGGACGCAUACGCGCAGCUGAACGCCCGCAGCGGACAGAAGCGCGCGCCGACGCCGUACAAAGCACGCCAGAGUGUACGGCCGGUCGAUCCGGAAAGGUACGGGGACGCGUACGCGCAGCUGAACGCCCGCAGUAAGGGCGCGCAGGCCUCGCGCAAGGAUCAGAAGGUGCAGUAUGCCCAGGGCCCCAGGGUCAAGAGUCAGGCGGUGCAUUAUUCCAAGGGGGAUACGCUGUACUUUUCGACCCGCCUGACCGAGAUCCUUUCCUGGCUCAAAAACCCCAUACCCUCCCGUCCCGUCAAAACCUACCCCACGCUCUCGGAGCCAGGCCCACAUAUACCGGUCGAAGUCUCUCCCGUUGCGAAGUAUCUUUGCGGAGACCAAAUCGAUCGAUAUGACUGGGCCUACGCAGAAAUGAGCCUUUCAAAGAGUGAAAGGAUGAGAAGGCAGUCGGCUCCUGAGCCGCCCAGGCUGAGCGGCGCCAACGUUGAUAUGCCUGCGGUCGAUGUAGAUAGUGGCGAGAGACCUGCAGGUGCCGGUAGCAAAUCAAUCCAAGAUGUUGAGAUUCGUGCAAACGUCGCUCUUGGCCCGCAAGCUCUGAACGUGGAUAAGCCUCUUCACCUAUCAUCCCAUCCCAUAGUAGUAUCGGAUACUGUUCAAGGGUCACUGUCAUGGAUUGCGGCCACGCUGGAAGAAAUGGACCCCGAGCAAUAUCCUUUCUUCCAGCUGCUUACCUCCAGCCUCGAGCCAAUCCUCGACUCGGCAACUCCUGAUCCUAAAGCGAUCCUCGAAACGACUCUUAUCGCAACGCUAAGAGGCCUACGGGAGCUGCUCCGAAGAGAGCAACGGGCUGCGUUCCAUGACCAUCUGCCGGGUCUGAUCAGCUCGAUCGAAAACCGUGUAGCUAUUGCGGGUAUUGAUGCACAUCAUGUGACGUUCCAUGUCUUCCGCAAAAGCAUUGCAGAGCUUCGCGCGAUAGUCGGCCGCGCAACUGGCCUGCUGCAACAGGACGGAGAGCCGAAAAUAGAUGGUGUCUCAACUCAGCUGUCCCGACCUCCACCUAUCCCCGAGACCUCCUCAUACCACAACACCGCCACAGUUGUAACGACAAACGGGACAUCACAGAGACCAAGAUCCUUCCCACUCCGCAAAAGACUUGGUAGUGGAACACCAGAGACCAAUGUGCGCUGGGAUUCCGGAACGCAGAUGCCCUACGCGCAGCUAUCGAUGAGUCAGUCCAUCAGGCUCCGUCGCCGAAAAUGGCACGAUCAGGUUACCGAGGAGGCGAUGGCGGCUGUCAAGACGGCGAUGCGAGGCUUCGCUACGCGCUCCGGUCACUGGUAUAAUUACGCCAAUGGCCGUCCGGUGAGUUUGUAA